AGUACAUCUGCUGCUCCACGGCCGGGUCUUGCAUCGAUCUCGACGAGACACACACUCUCUCGAGCGCAUCGCAUCGCAUCGAGAGCGGCACUGCAUUUGCAGUGACACAAGGCGAAGUACAGCAAGCACGAGCGAGUACUUGAGUGCUCGAGCCAAUCCAUCCACCAACCAACAACCCAUCACACGACCCCCGCAAUGUCCGACGCAGACAGCGAGAAGGGCCGCGUGCCGCACCCCGAGGAAGACCUCAGCCGCAAGGUCUACCCGGCGGGCUUUGUCGGCACAGCGUACCGCACGAUGGACUUUCUCGUCGAGCACGGCGUCGAGGAGCGCGGCAUCCAGCCGCGGCCCGAGGAUGACCGCGAGAAGCUCACGACGUGGUCUUAUAUCCAGCAGUAUGUCUUCUGGUCGGCGCUCAACACGAACAUUUUGUCGUUCUCCGAGGGCAUGCUCGGCCCGUCCCUCUUCGGGCUCGACUUCAAGACGACCGUCCUCGUCGUCGUGCUGUUCAACAUCGUCAUGUGUGCCCCGCCUGCGUGGCUCGCGACCAACGGCCCGCGCACGGGCAUGCGCCAGAUGGUGCAGGCGCGCUACGGGAUGGGCUUUGUGCCCGCCAUGGUCAUCUCGUUGGCCAACUGCAUGACCCUGCUCGGGUACUUGAGCCUGACGACGAUUCUCGGCGGGCAGUGCCUUUCGCUCGCGAGCGACUCGAGCAUGAGCUGGACGGUUGGCAUUGUGGUGGUUGCCUUGAUUGGUGUCUUCCUCUCGUUCAUCGGCCUCCGCGCCCUCCACUACCUCUCCCUCACGUCCCUCCCCGUCGUGUUCCUCCUCUACGUCGUCCUCCUCGGCGUCACCGGCUCCAAGCUCCACCUCGUCAACAGCGAGGUCGCCAAGGCCGCGACAAAGGUCACGGCGUCGGGCGUGCUCGGGUUCGGCGCGAGCCAGGUCGGCUUCUCGGUGUCGUAUGCUGGUAUUGCGAGCGACUUUACAACCCUCCUCCCACCCAAGACCCCCCGCCUGCCCCUCUUCCUCGCCGUCUACGCUGGCCUCUUCUUCCCCAUUGUCCUCAUCCAGCUCUUCGGCGCGGCCCUCAUGCUCGUCGCGUACAACAUUCCCCGCUGGGAGGCUGCCGCCGGCGUCGCGGCCCCCAACCUCCUGUUCACCGUCACGGGCGAGAGCCACGCCGCGCGCUUCGUCAUGGUCCUCUUCUCGCUCAGUGUGGUCGCCAACGUCGCGCCCACCAUCUACUCGUGCGGCCUCAGCGGCCAGGUCGUGCUCCCCUUCCUCACCCGCGUGCCGCGCUACUUCCUCGCCAUUCUCGUGAUCGCUAUCGUGCUCCCCGUGGCCAUCAUCGGCUCGACCCACUUCGUCGACGUGCUCUCCAACUUCCUCGCAGUUCUCGGCUACUGGACAGCCCUGUACCUCCCUCCGGCUAUCCUCGAGCCGCUCCUCUUCCGCAACCCCGUCAACACGACGACGUUCCCAGUUGAGAUUUGGAACAAAAUCGGCAAGCUUCCGAUUGGCCUCGCCUUCAUUGCCAGCUCGUGUGCCGGAAUCCCCCUUGCGGCUGCUGGAAUGUCGCAGACGUGGUGGAAUGGCUGGAUUGCGCGCAAGAUUCCGGGCGGAGAUGGCGACCUCGGCUUUGAGCUGACCUUUGCCGUCGUGACCCUCGUGUUUGUUCCCCUCCGAUACCUCGAGCGCAAGUACACUGGCAGGUAAUUGAUACAGGCGUUUAUAAUGCACUAUGGAUCUUGAGUGAUCAGGGUAGA